AUGACGAUGACGAACAGGGACGUACAAGAGGAACUGAGGAACGUUAUCCAGGCGGCACAGGACUUGAUGGACGAGACGGAUGCAGUUGAGGCGGCUAGGGAGGCUGGCAAUGUGGUGGUGUUUAGCGCUGGCAUGAUGAGGCCCGACGACGCUGUUGCGAUAGGGGUGGACCGAGACAUCUUUCCUGGUGAUGAGCCUUAG